UGCCUUGGAAAGGACAGCAGUGGUGUAUCAAAAACAAUGUCUAUGAACAUGUUACGACAAAAUAUAGGGAAUUAUCAAGAAAACUCUAAAUAUAACCUAAUUACGGAUAGCAAAGAUGCUAUUAAUUUUUUGA